UAUUUUCAUAUCCUGUUUUGAUAUGGAUGAAGAUUGUCGUGUGGAGAUGGCACGAGAGCUAGAUGAACAUCAUAUUCCACAUGAAUACCCUACAGAUAGGUCCAUGCUUGCAGACGGUGACAAUCGAAAAGGAUGGAUAAUAGUUAUUGUCUCGAAAGAAUCACUGAAACUCGGUGUGUUAUCAUUUAAUCUCAUGAAAUGCCUGACUGUCGAUGUUGAUGAAGGACAACUAAGGGUUCUGCUUGUAUUGCGCAGCGGUGUGAAUAUCUCAGAUGUGCCAAUGUGUAUUCGAUGGGUUACAUGCUUCAGCGCAGAUGAAAACUCUUACAAAAACUGCAUUGUAAAAACAGUUUCAGGAGCACCUGUAGAUAUUGGCAAGGCACUUCCUGCAGGGGAUGUUAUUCCAGGCUUGUGUUGGGCAUAUGUAUUGAACUACCUGAAGAUUGUGCUGACGACCAGCAAUAUUUAUCAAACAAUUCAAGCCCAUCUAACGAGCAAUGACCUCAACUGCGGCUGCAUCCGAAAACUAAUCGUGGUGUGGGUCAAGUCGUGCGAUAUGGAUAGCACACUAGACUUUGUUGCAAACAAAAGCGGGGGGCGGCGUAAAAUAACUAACAGCGGUCAGGUUAAGGUUACAACAAAUAGCCUUGGUGGACAGAUAGGCAGACCAUUUGAUUUGCAAAUGUUCAGAUACACUGACGAGUUAAACCCAGGAAAUCAGAGAUGUUUCAUCGCUGAAUAUUGUACCCCGAUGCAAUGCGUCCAAACAAUGGAGAAAGGAUACGCUGGCAUCAGCCUAGCCACAAAACUGGGAAUGGGACAGUCGUUUAAGGAAAAGUUCAAAGACAUCAUGUCUCGUAGAAAAAUGAUGAAACUUUUCUCGAACUUCAAAGUGUCGUUUGUCAUCUUUGAUGAUACAAAUCCACGAAAUCGUCUUAUGGACUUGUUGGAACAAGAGAUUUUUGAGCGGGAAUGCGAUGUUAUCACCAGAAACUAGCGGACACUGUACAUGGGACUGAAGAGGACCAGACUACAACUCAGGAUGAACAAACGAAAACCAACUGUACAACUAGAUCGCCAACGAUUGGAUUAUAUAAAUGUACAUAUUCUUUUGCUUAUAAACACAUUUAUUAUAGCAAGUAUAUCAUGUACUUUUUGAGCAACAUCGUCAUUUUACAUUUGCAAGGUUUGACUCUAUAAAGAUAUUCAAAUUUGAAUAAUACAAUUAUUUUAGCUCACCUGAGCAAAACGUGCUCAUGGUGAGCUUUUGUGAUCGCCUUUUGUCCGUCGUGCGUUGUCCUUUGUGCGUUGUACGGCGUCAACAUUUGUCUUGUUAACUCUCUAGAGGCCACAUUUACUGUCCAAUCUUCACGAAACAUGGUCAGAAGAUAAGUCGUAUUGAUAUCUUGGAUGAGUUCGAAAAUGGUUAUGUUUGCUUGAACAACAUGGCUGCGAAGGGGCGGGGCAUUUUUCCUUAUAUGGCUAUAUAUGGCCAUAGUAAAAUCUUGUUAACACUCUAGAGGGCACAUUUAUAGUCCGAUCUUCAUGAAACUUGGUCAGUACAGUCAUCUCAAUAAUAUCUUAGACGACCUCAAAAAUGAUGCCGGUUGGUUAAAAAACAUGGCCACCUUGUUAACACUCUAGAGGUCAUAUUUAUUUUCCGAUCAUCAUGAAACUAAGUCAGAAGAAUUGUCCUAAUUAUAUCUUGGAUGAGUUCGAAAAUGGUUUUGGUUGCUUUUAAAACAUGGCCACCAGGGGCGGGGCGUUUUUCCUUACAUGGCUAUACAUGUAUACGGCUAUAGUUAAAACUUGUUAACACUCUAGAGGCUAUAUUUAUUGUCCAAUCUUCAUGAAAUUUCGUCAGAAGAUUGGUCAUAAUUAUAUCUUGGAUAAGUUGGAAAAUAAUUAUGUUUGCCUGAAAAACAUGGCUUUUUGGCGGGGCAUUUUUGCGUAUAUGGCUAUAGUACAAUCUUGUUAACACUCUAGAGACCACAUAUACUGUCCGUUCUUCAUAAAACUUGCCCAGAAGAUUCAUCCCGAUAAUAUCUUAGACGAGUUCGACAAUGAUGCUGGUUGGUUGUUUAAAAACAUGGCUGACAGGGGGGCGGGGCAUUUUUCCUUAUACGGCUUUAGUAAAACCUUGUUAACACUCUAGAGCCACAUUUAUUUUCCGAUCUUCAUGACACUUGGUCAGAAGAUUUGCCCCAAUAAUAUCUUGUUAUCUCAGGUGAAGGAAAAUUUGGCCUUUGAGGCACUCUUGUUUAACUAAUUGAUCAAUUCAUAAUAUGGUUACUAUGUUGCUAAAUAACUUAACCAAUACAUUUAACUGAUAUUAUAAAUGCCAUGUUUGAAUGAUGAAAGUAAAGACUGUGUAAACUGUAAUUGCAUCUUAUUUUAUAUUUUACUUAAAACUCAAAGAGGGAUGCAGCUUUUAUGGUCGAUAUUAAAAGUUUAUAGUGUAAAAUAAACUUCUCUUUGUAACAUUAUUAUUAAUGCUGAAUAUAAACUACGGUUACACUGUUAUUAAAAAACGAAUAUUUAGUAAGAUGAUAUUUACAUUAGUAAAGUGUGAUCUUUGUUUCUUUGUGACAUGGUUUAUUAAAGUGUCUUGGUGAGGGUUUCGAAAAAUGACAUUUAAAAUAUCAUAUAUGCAAAAGAAACAUAUAUACGGUAUACACUGCUUACUUGGACAAUUGUUAGAAACAGGUAAUUGUGAAUUGAUUUUUUUUCUGAAAAUGCAUGUAUUACUAACAUAACGUGUACUAUUAAUUGAUGAGCGUGCGUGGCGCAGUGGUCGCGUAGAAGUUUUUGCUUGUCUAUGUCUCGGGUAUAAAUUUAAGGAAGACAAUAUUUCAUGAAAACAAUUAUGUUGGUACGUUGUUAUUGUACUUAUAAAAGACCGUUCUAAACAGUGCAUUUGUGUGGUUAAAUAAAAGUUAUUGCAUUAUGCAAAAAAAAAAACGAAAAACUGUGAGCAUGUACCUUUGACAGUUGUGUUAUAUAACGCGUUGUGUGAUAAUACGGGUAUUUUCUUAUGGACAGUAAAUAUUGGGUGACAAGGUAUGAAUUGCAUAAAAGGUUAAUAUGUUAAAAGUCUAAGCAAUAUGCUCAGUAAUGAUUUUGCGACUUACGCUUAAUGUAUAAACACUAACUAAAUUUGACAUAUUUAAUUGUCAUCAAAGCUGCAGUUGUUUAGUGAAAACUAUUAUAUUUUGUAGAAAUAUGUAAAUGGUUGUAUUGUUUGAUUUGCAUUUCAUAUGUGUAUACUUUAAUUCAUAAUUUAAAACGGUUGCAUACUGCAUUUUGUAGAAUUAAAUAUAUAAUGGCAUAUUGGUAUAAACGUUCACAUUACAAGUUCGGUAUCUCUGAUGCACGAAGAAACGAAUAUCUGGUCUGCAUCAAUGUCAAUCAAUCUAUAAUGUGAUUAUUAGUCCUCUACCAGUGAAACCGGAUAGGGACUUAUGGUUUGCGCUCUGUGUGUCUGUCAGUUAGUCUGUCACACUUUUCUGGAUCCUGCGAUAGCUUCAUAUUUUUUCAUGAAACUUGAAACAUGGACAGAUGGCAAUAUGUAUAUUAUGCACGUCAUUGCACGUCAUUUCAUUGUGUUCCUACUUCAAGAAAUAUGGUUGCUAUGGCAACACAUAGACUAUAAAUAUUGCUGAAAAUGGUGGAGUUUUACCGGUAUGGGAAUUUUAUUGCUUGGCAAUAGUCGUGUCCUUUGUAACUGUAUGUGCCUUUGAUGAAUCAAGUAUAAUUUUGGGUUAUUGUUCCACGUUACCAAAUAAUUUGCCAUUUACAAAUGCCAUAUUCGUGUACGGUCAACGUCACCAUUUACAGUCGAUGGUCAUAGUAUUCGUUCCCACGCUGAAACAUUACCAUACCUUGAAGGAUUCUAAAAUUAUGUCCGAUUAUACUUCCUAAUGACAAGACAGCAUGCAAAUCCGAUGCUUCAAAGGAAAAGAUCAAGGUCACAACUCAAGGUUAAGUUUUGUGAAUUAUGUUUUUUGCAACUGUCUCCCUUACAAGCGUAUUCUUCAUUCCUGUGAAAGACCUUGUUCUCUUAACGUUGUAAUCAAUAUGUUAUUGUUACUUGACGAAUACGAUUAUACAAUGUGUGAACGCAGUAUAUGCGGAUUGCAAACGCCGUCUAUAUGGCACAUAAAAUAGUGUGUGUCCUUAAAGUAUGAAAGUAUUGUUGUAAUGUUAUGGUGUAGUGUACUAGACAAAGGCAGCGUUUGUUGUUAAAUGAUACAGAGGUUUACGGUUAUUUGAUGCACCCUAUACACAAAUGACGUUGUUGAGUUUGUAUACUUAAUAAUAUUUUAUUUAUUAUAUUGGCAAGUACUUCAUGCAGUAUAUAUACUCCUGUAUGAUUGUCAUUAAAGGCACGUGUUUUUUUUGCAUCAAUCAUUUCGCUUCACGAUCCAAAGUAUUGCAGAACAAAAUAACUUUUUUCUCUUCUUUUGUUUACAUUGUACACUGUUUGAUAAUGUUACUUCGUUAUGAAUAUAAAACAAUCCAUCUUUUUUUACUUUUUUUAUUUGAUAGUGUUUGGUAUGUGUGUUUCUAUAUAUACUUUCCAUCAUGCCACAUGCAAACGGGGUUUGUGUAAUCUGGCACUGUUUCUUAUAGUUGCUUCUUUAUAAACAUGCAAUAAUUAUACUAUGUUAGCAUGAUGUUUUUAUGUACCACAAGUUGGCUGUAUUGCUUAUUUAUAAAUACAUCAGUCCACUAUUUUAAAAGGAUAAGCUUCCAUUUUUGGUAUGGAUGUUUUUAUAUACCUAAAUAAUUCCACUUUUUUUAACGCAAUGCUUUAGCAUUUAACACUGUUUGUAAGUACAACAUCUUUAUUUAAUUAAACUUAUUCCACUAGUUUAACAUACGUUUUCCUGGAACACCGUUUGCUAGUGUUGCUUAUAUUUAUCGGCUGUUUUUAAUAUGAAUGUAAUAGCUCAAUGGCGUUUUGUCAAUAACCAACAAUACUUAUUACUUGAUUUGAAUACUAGGUAAAUUACGGUCACAUAUCUACACGACAUGUAAGCUUAAUUGAUGUUUCUAUUUGAAGCAUUGCCCAACAUGACAUUCAUAUGGAAUUAAUAACGUGUUAUAUUGUACAACUCUUGCAUUAAGUUUUGAACACUUACGCAUAGA